CGUGCAGUGCCGUGCCGUGCCGUGCCGUGCUGUGCCCAGCCAAGCCGAGUCGUGCCGUCCCGAGCCCUGCCGUGCAGAGCCCUGCCGUGCAGAGCCGUGCCAAGUCAAGCCAAGCUGUGCCGAGUCGAGCUGUAUAGUGGUUAGCCAAGCCGUAUCGAACCGUGCUGAACCGAGCCGGGAGGAGCCCCGACGUUGCGCAAGGCCCGGGGCAGGGCACAGGACCGUACAUAAGGUCGCCAGGGUGUGAGCGUUGCGAGGGCAGUGCCAUGGAGCCGGGUUUGCUGCUGCUGCUGCUGCUAACGGCCCCGUGGGGCCGGGGCUGGGCGGCUUCGAGGCACGCAUCGGAGGAUGAGAUGACACGGACAGACGGCUCCUCCGUGCAACCCGGGGAGCCUGGUAAGUACCAUGAUACCAGCACGACAACCAUGAGCCCCUAUAGCAACAUCUGCUCCUCAAAGUGCACGGGGAGCACGGGAUGCAGACAAGAGUGCCAGCAAGGGAUUGACGCUGACUCAACGACCAACUGUGUGAACAAAUGCAGAGAUGACAGCAACUGCAGGGGCAGCAGGAAGUCCUGCCACAACAGUUGCCGGUUCCGCUGCCUGCAGCCGGUACCAGCCAGACCGGACACCUACCCCAAGAAGAAGGUGCCGCACACCAUCGACUGCUGCAACAGCACCUGCAGUGGUAACACCGAGUGCCCCAACCACCUGCCGUGCUGCCCACCCCUGCGCAGGAGCUCCAGGCUCAGUGUCCUCAGGCAGCUGUGUGCUGCCCACCCUGCACAGGGGCUCCAGGCUCAGUGUCCUCCAGGCUCACUGUCCCUGCUGGGCUUGGGCUGCCACUGGUGCUCUGGCCCCAGGCAGCUGUGCCACCUGGCUCCAGAGCGCGGCCGGUGCAGGAGGCGCAUCUAUCACUACGCCUACAACCCUGCCUUGAGGUCGUGCUGGCUGUUUGUGUACGGCGGCCGCAGGGGGAAUGCCAACAAUUUCCUCACCAUCGAGGAGUGCCGGCAGGUCUGCCAGUACGGGCUGGAUAAGCGCUGACCUCAGGACACCGCAGCCCGCCCAGAUCUGCAGAGCCGAUCGUUCUGCCCCACACAAUAAAGCCGCCAGGACGCCUGGCUUGGAGCAGCACCACUGCCUCUGUCUUGCCUUCCCAACACAUCUGCGGGGACGCUGGGGCAGGGACGGGGCCGGGGCCACAAGGCGGCAGUGGGAGAGCUGGGCAUCGCUCGUGGAUGCCGGGCUGAUGACAGCAGCACUGUGGCCAUCUCCGCAGCGCGGCUCAAUACAGCUCUAAUAGCCCCAUCCGUAAUGGCCCCAGCCCGGUGGCACGGAGCCGGGGGGAUGGGGCAGCUCUGGCUGCAGCUCCGGACCGUGGCACAGCCUGGCUGGCGGCAUAGGAAGGCGGCCUCCCAAAAUGGGGUUUUUAUUACAGCCAUACAUCACAGCAGCGGCCCGAUGUGGGCAGACGGAGGUGAUUUUUCUUCAUGGUUUACAGACAAAUGAGGGGAAGGAGAAUUGAUGCGAACUUUGCUAUAGCAAGAGGUUGGCCA